UAUCAGAAAGUGCCACUUAUAUCAGAAGAAGAGUUUCUGUUAAAAGCUCCUCCAAGGCUAACUGCGCCACUUCCUGAUGCAAAUGCGUCCGAAAAACAGCAACUUCAUCAUCGAAUGCUUCAGCGAUUGAACUUUGAAAAGGAGGAACGGAUCAGAUUAAAGGAGGAAGUUACUGAAAAACUAAAACGAAAGAAGGAAGCAUCAGAGCGUGUUAUGGCCAAGAAGGCCAAGAUUGAACAGUUUAAUAAAGAAUUUGAAAAAUUCAUAAAGCAAGCCAGGCCCCUGACUGACAUUUUAGCUGACGAAGAA